AUGAAGGCAAUAAUACAACGCUGUAUGAAUGCUCAAGUUAGCGUCAAUGGUGAAGUUGUUAGUAAAAUUGGGCAAGGAGCUUGUGUAUUAAUUGGAAUAAGUAGCAAAGAUAAUGUUAAGGAUAUGGAAUUUAUGGUAAGGAAAUUACUGAGUAUUAAGUUAUUUGAUGAUGACGAUGGGAAAAAAUGGAAGAAGAGUAUAGUCGACAAACAGUUUGAACUGCUAUGUGUGAGCCAGUUUACAUUAUGCAACACAUGGAAGGGUAAUAAACCCGACUUCCAUCUGGCAAUGUCAUCAGAACAAUCAAAGGAAUUUUAUGAGAAAUUUAUUAAAAUGAUGAAAGAUAAAUACAAUCCUGAUAAAAUUAAAGAUGGUGUUUUUGGUGCCUACAUGCAAGUUUCAUUACAAAAUGAUGGGCCAGUAACAUUGGAACUUGAAUCGCCAGUUCAAAAUGAUAACUCCAAAAAGGUUCAACCUAUGUUAAAUAAUGAAAAUGGGGAUGCUGAUAGAUAA